UAAUUCACCGAAUUUAAUCAAACAUCAGUCUUCCUCCCUAAAGUCCUCCUUUCCUGUGCAGUUUACUGAAAGUACUGACACAAGUCACUUUAUAGUAGUAACACAGUCCCACCACAUCAAAAUUCUUCACUCUUUCAACACACACGCUCUUCCUAGUUUCUUCCUCUUUUCUUGAAAAAAAAUAUGCAGUCACCGGAAUCUUGGGUAGCAGUGGCAUCACCCUACGAAUCUGAUGAUGGAAUCAUGACAGACAUGUCUAAAUCAAUUAAGUGUGUUGAACAAAUCUUGAAUUACAAAUUCAGAAACAAGAAACUUCUUGAAGAAGCCCUUACCCAUUCUUCUUGCACCUAUUCACCUUCUUACCAACGUCUUGAGUUUGUUGGUGAUGCUGCUCUUGGCUUAGCGGUAUCCAAUUAUGUCUAUUUGGCUUACCCUGAACUUGAACCUGGUCAACUUUCUCUCCUACGCUCCGCUAAUAUUAGCACCGAAAAGCUUGCUAGAGUCGCCGUUCGCCACGGCCUCUAUAAUUAUGUCCGACACAAUACAACUUCCCUUGAUGGCAAGGUGAAGGAAUUCGUGAUAACGGUAGAACAGGAGGUGCAAACGGAGUUCCAUGGAGGAGCAGUGAAGGCACCGAAAGUUCUUGCUGACAUUGUGGAGUCAGUCGCGGCCGCUGUAUAUGUGGAUUGUGGCUUUGAUCUGAAGGCUCUCUGGGUGAUAUUUAGAGGCCUCCUCGAGCCUAUUAUCACGCUGGACUUGUUGUCAGAACAACCGCAGCCUGUAACCAUGCUGUAUGAGUCUUGCCAGAAGGAUGGAAAACAAGUUGAUAUAAGGCAUUGGAGAAAAGGAGAGAAAGACAUAGCUAGUGUUUGUGUUGAUGGUGAAUUUAUUGUCUCCGCUUCUUCUGGGAACAAGAAAAAUGCUGAACUUCACGCUGCAAAAGCUGCACUCAAUAAGUUGGCCUGUAAAUCUACAAGUCAGUUGGAUACUGAAGUUGAACCAAACAGAGAGUUUGAAGGAGCAAAGCAGAAGCUGAAUGAGCUAUGUGGAAAAAAGAAAUGGCCCAAACCAACUUACAGAGUAGAGAGGCAGGUAGGCCCUGCUCAUGAUAAGAGGUUUAUAUGUUCUGUGCAAGUUGCAGUUGCUGUUGGCGUGCUUAGAGUGAUGGGAGAGGAGAAGUCACGAGUAAAAGAUGCAGAGAAUUCUGCUGCUUCAGCAAUGUUUUGGGGUCUUCUGCACAAUUCUAAGCUCGGUUAACGGGACAUUGUCUAUGGUACUUCCAGUAAUUCCGUCUUUGGCAUCCUUGAAAACUUGAGGCUACUUCGUCUCAAACGUCGUAUUGUUGGUUCCUUAAGGAAAUUUGGGAUCUGUUUGAUCAUUUUUUAUUUGAAAAUCAGCCCGUUGUAUUUGAAAUUUAGAAAAGGGAAAAAGACAUGGAAUUACUAGCUGCGAAAAAAUAGGUUAAAUUACAUAAAUGACCUCUUUUUGAGUGACGAAAAGUUUUUCAAAA